AUGCUGACGGUAAAGUUUCUGCUAGGUUGCAUUCUUGCACUUGCAUCAGCACAAUCGAACACCAAUAUUUAUGGUUACAAUUACGACAGUGCUGCCAGUAACAACGGAAUUUCGCUUGUUCAAAAUCCAAAUUAUCAAUUUCUUAAUGAUCAACUUGCAAGUGCAUAUGCUCAAACCUAUCAGCAAAACUUGAGGCAAUACGAUCAAAGUGGAGGACAAAAUGGUGUUGUGACAAGCUCUACUAAUGUUCCAGCUAAUGGUUAUUAUACUGGUCCUCCACUUUCGAAUGAUCAACAGAAUCAAAUCAAUUAUCAACAGAUUCAACAGAGAAAUCCAACGAGCUCAGUGUCAAGUAAUACCAACAUUUAUGGAUAUCAAUACUCAUCUCCGUCGUCUAAUGGAGCAACGAACUUGAACUACAAUAAUCAGCCCCAGUAUUCAGCUCCGUCUAACAAUGCCAAUGUUCAGCCCUAUAUUUACCCAUUCGGCCAAUAUUCGACUUCGCAAGCAAACAGAUUCAGCUCAUAUAGAGACAAUCAAUACAAUCAGAAUCCUACUCAAGUUUAUUACAAUGAUCAAGGAGCAUCCACCCAGUAUUACACACUAUUCGAUCAGCCUGCUUCGGGGCCAGUCUAUCAGAGCGCGUCGGACUUGAAGACGACGACCUUGAGAGAUCAGCAAAUGCCAGGAGCUACAAUUCGCUUGAGAGGAACUGGACCACUUCCUGGACCGACUCUUGCUGAACUCUCUGGAGCUGCUCCCACAGGAAAUCAACAGCAAGUCUAUUACGAUUCAAGGUCGAGUUACCGCUCAUACCCAAAAAGCCAAGGCAAUUCGAAUGCAAGAUUUUUUGACGUUGCUGGAAAUGACACAGUAAUGUAUUAUCCAUACCGAACAAGCACAAACUACAACCUCCCGAGCUCAUCAUCAAACUCGCAGGUUUUCUACAAUCCGAGCGGCAGCAAUUCGAACCCUUACGGUCAAACAACAAUUGACAAAUGCUCUUUGAAUGAUCCUUACUGGUGCUCAGAAUAUGUGAAUCUUUAUAUGAACGCCAAAAGAACUUAUGAGAACGUUUCGACGCAGCAAGCUUGCAUCACAUUGAUACAAUCGCUGACUGAAAGCUACAAUGGAUGCUGCACCGCAGUGCGUUCAGCUGGUUGUACUAUGAAUUAA